AUGACAUCGCAACCGCUCGUUCUCGCACCAGCAACUCCUUCAGAGCUUUUAUCACACAUUGCAUCCUACCACAGAUAUCCCACAACACUAAUAAUCGGCUCCUCCAAAGCUGAGUUCCACACAUCUCUCGUUGAGGAUGUCACUCGUCAUCUCACUCUCCAAGAAGUUGACACAGAGGACUCAGCAACAGAACCCUCUCAUGUCCUCUUAAAGCCAUCGCUUUACCAAAUCGCCAUUUCUCGCCAUAUAAGGAUUCUAUUUGCACCAACAGUCACACAUCUGCGUGCUUAUCUUUCCGUCUUCACACCCAAAAACUCCUUGAUAUCAGCACCGCCAAACUAUACCCCUGACUCUCAUACGCCUCUUCUUCUGGUCUAUGGUCUCCUCGCUCUUCAUAGAGAUGCAAGCGAAUGGUCUGCGCAAGGGAUCGGGAACUCUGCGGCUUUGCUAGUUGAUGCCGCGUCACGGAAUGGGUUCAAAGCUGCUGUUAUUGAGCCAAAAGGUGUGAGCGGACACGAGGAUCUAGAACAGCUUGGAGGAGAGAUGAUACCUUUACUAAAUGGAACGGCGAGAAGGGACGACGGGACAUGGAGCGGACGAACUGUCAGUAUCAAACAAGUUCUGAAUCGAUGGUUCAAGUUUGAGGUACAGGAACAACAACACUGA